GACAGACUGAGACGGGACUGACACAGACAGAAACAGAGGAAGGCGCGGUUGGUGGGGAUGAGGCAACAGACAAGACUCGGAAAGAGAAGAGUGUCAGAAGCACAGGGUCUGGGGCUGAGAGGCAGGGAAAGAGGGAUGGAGAAGGCUACGAGACGAGGAAGUGAGAAGCGGGGAAAGCAAGCUUGGAGUAGAGAAAGACAGAGUCAAAGCCAGAAGCGGGAGCGGAGAAACUGAGGCAGAGGUGAAGAACAAUAGAGAGAAGAGGACAAGGGGAGUGAGCGGCAGUGACCGAGACCGAGCGCGGUUGAAGCGGACCCCGAGAGCCAGAGCUCAGUGGGGCGGGGCGGAGCCCCUGCUCCUGGGACCGAGCCAGGCCCCCAGCUGCGGACGGGCGGGAAGGAGAGACUUGGGGGGAGUGAGCUUCGAGGGGGCCCAGGGCGCUGCACUGUGUCUCUGUUCUUCCGGCUACCCCAGCAGCCCGCCUGACCCCUAGCUCGCCGUCCCGGGACCCCCCCGGAAGCCCCGCCCCAGCGACGGGCGGAGAAAAAGACCCGACGCGGAGAGAGGGACACAGACACACACGGAGUGACACACGGGGAGGGGUGGGGGGGAGGAAGAGACAGAGACGGAGAGAGACACCCGCAGCCAGAGACAUCCCGAAACGGGGACCUACAUUGAGAGACACCCAGGGAGAGCCCAGGGGCAGCAAUCUGGGAACGUGCGGGGGGCUGGCCAGCCAUGCUGGGUGGACAGCGCAGUCCCCCGGGCCCCGGCCCAGGCGCCCCCUCCUCACCAGGCGCGUCUCCCCGGGCUUCCCCGCGCAGCUCCCCCGGGCUCUUCAGGAAACUGCUGGUAAACCAGAGCAUCCGACUGCAGCGACGAUUCACCGUGGCCCACCCUCUCUGCUUCGACCUUGAGAAUGGCCUGUCUUCGGGAAGGAGCCCGCUGGAUCUGCAGACCAGUCCCAGCUCGGGCCUCGUCAUCCAGGGCAACUUCCCCCACAGUCAGAGGCGGGAGUCUUUCCUCUACCGCUCGGACAGCGACUAUGACCUCUCCCCCAAGGCCAUGUCCCGGAACUCCUCGAUUGCCAGCGACCUACAUGGAGAAGACAUGAUCGUGACCCCGUUUGCCCAGGUCUUGGCCAGCCUUCGGACGGUCAGGAGCAACUUCGCCGUGCUGACCCGGCUCCAGGACCGCGUGGCCAAGAGAGUGUCGAGCAGCAGCUCUGCUUCUGGCUGCCGGGCCCCGCCGCUGCCAGAGGAUGUCGGCCAGAAGCUGGCCAUGGAGACCCUGGAAGAGCUGGACUGGUGCUUGGACCAGCUGGAGACCCUGCAGACCCAGCACUCGGUCAGCGAGAUGGCCUCCAACAAAUUCAAGCGGAUGCUUAACCGGGAGCUGACUCACCUGUCAGAGACGAGCCGCUCCGGAAACCAGGUGUCGGAGUACAUCUCCCAGACCUUUCUGGAUAAGCAGAACGAGGUGGAGCUCGCUCCCCUGCCGGUCAAGGAGGAGGAGGAGGAGAAGGAGGCGGAGGAGGGCCCCAUGUCUCAGAUCAGCGGCCUCCACAGGCUGCCCCACAGCUCCAGCUUCACCGCGGCCGCCAUCCCAAAAUUCGGCGUCAAGUCUGACCAGGAGCAGCUGCUGGAGAAGGAGCUGAAAGACACAAACCGGUGGGGUCUGGACGUGUUCAAGGUGGCCGAGCUCUCCGGGAACCGCCCGCUGACAGCCAUCAUGUACAGCAUCUUUCAGGAGCGGGACCUGCUAAAAACCUUCCAAAUCCAGCCGGACACGCUGGUGACCUACCUGCUGACGCUGGAGGACCAUUACCACUCUGACGUGGCCUAUCACAACAGCCUCCACGCGGCAGAUGUCGCCCAGUCCACACACGUGCUGCUGCUGACGCCGGCGCUUGAGGCUGUCUUCACCGAUCUGGAAAUCUUGGCCGCCAUCUUCGCCAGCGCCAUCCAUGACGUGGAUCACCCCGGGGUCUCCAACCAGUUUCUGAUCAACACCAACUCGGAGCUGGCCCUCAUGUACAAUGACGCCUCCGUCCUGGAGAACCACCACUUGGCGGUGGGCUUCAAGCUGCUCCAGGAGAAGAACUGCAACAUCUUCCAGAACCUGAGCGUCAAGCAGCGGCAGAGCCUGCGCAAGAUGGUCAUCGACAUGGUACUGGCCACAGACAUGUCCAAACACAUGAACUUGCUGGGCGACCUGAAGACCAUGGUGGAGACGAAGAAGGUGACAAGCCUGGGUGUCCUGUUGCUGGACAACUACUCCGACCGGAUCCAGGUCCUACAGAGCAUGGUGCAUUGUGCUGACCUCAGCAACCCCACCAAGCCCCUGGAGCUGUACCGCCAGUGGACGGACAGGAUCAUGGUGGAGUUCUUCCAGCAGGGAGACCGGGAGCGGGAGAAGGGCAUGGAGAUCAGCCCCAUGUGCGAUAAGCACACGGCCUCCGUGGAGAAGUCCCAGGUGGGAUUCAUUGACUACAUCGCCCACCCGCUGUGGGAGACCUGGGCGGACCUGGUGCACCCAGACGCCCAGGAGAUCCUGGACACGCUGGAGGACAACCGGGAGUGGUACCACAGCAUGAUCCCCCGGAGCCCCAACAGCAGCCACGAGGCCUUCCUGGCCAAGGUUGCCGACAAGUUCCAGUUUGAGCUGACGCUGGAGGAGGAGGAGGAGGAGGGGGAGCCCAGGAGCCAGGUCGAGGAAGGGCAGGAAGAAACCAGCGGCAGUGACCCGAAGACCCUGGCCAUGGAGGACUCGGAGUCGGCGGAGGCGGACCCCCUGUCUCCAGAAGAGGAGGCCAGUCCCAAGGGGGAGGGGGGCCUGCCCGUGCCUCUGGAUAACGAGCGGACGCUGUCCCAGGCCCAGGUCGGGAGCCUGCAGGAGGAGGUGGAUCAGGAAGGCAACCUUCCCUGCUACCCCCUGGGAACAUAACAGCUGUGGCUGCCCCCUCCCCUCCAGGCCUGGAACCGCUUCUCGGACUUGGGGUGGGGUGGGAGGGAUUACAUUUAAAAUCCCCCUCCCAGCUCUCCCCUCUCCCCGCUCUGACUCCCCAAGACCCUGAUAGACACAAACAGGAAGCAUCCCAUCAAAACCCCCAGUGGGCCCUGAGGGGAGGGCUUGGUCUGGGCCCCACGGCCCCCCGACAGCCCCCCAGAGAGAGGAGAAACGGAGGGAGAAGGGAGGCAGGGGCUGGGGGAGCAAACGGCCUCCAGAAUGGGGAUAAAACUGAGAGAAGUGAAGAGGGGCUUCCUAACAGCGUCCAGCUGACUUAAAGGGAAGCCGUGCUCCCUGCCCAGUGGCGGCCUCCUAGCAGGCAGAGACCCCCCGAGGGAGGCUCACGGGAGAGGGGAAGCCAGCUAUCCUCCCGAGGACGGCGUGGCCUGCGCCCUCGGCUUGGGAAAGUGUGGGUUGGACUGGAGCUCUCACAGAGGCUCCUUAGGGUUUGGCCCUCGCCCUCCCUGCCGACAUCUGCUAGCUGAGAGAGCUCCCUGUGGACAGGACCUUGUCCCCUUGCUCAGUGCCCGAGGAGCCCGGCCCUUCCUGACCUCCCCUGGCUCCCCUCAAGGAAGCCCUCAAGGGUGAGAAAAAUGGCCGCUGAAGAAGGGGGGGGUGGGGAGAGGAGGAAGGAGGAAGUCCCUGUGCUAGGACUGUCAGUGGUGAGAUUGGCCAUAGUGAGCUCUCCGUCACUGGAGGCCGUUUGGCUGAUGGGGAGGUUAUAGGGGGCAUUUGGGUGGGAGCCCCCCGGGACUAGAGACCCUGAAUCCCGUUUGCUUCUGAGAUGUUGGGGGCUCGGGGGCCCAGACCAGCACCUCCCACUUUCCAUAGUAUUCCCACCUCCAGCCUGAGUAGAGGAAGAGGGGAGGGGAGAAAAGAGACAGCGGGCAGAAAACUCCAGGCUCCCCCGCUUCCCUCCCGCGCCCCAUGGUGCGCCUGUGGUAGCACCUUGGACACUGCCGUUUAAUUUAUUUUAACACUGGCUCACGUGUUUUUAAGAUUUUUUUGUAGCUCACUUUUUUUUUAAAGUAAAAACUUGGUCUCUCUCACACACAUAUACAGCUCCAGGCCUGCUCUCCUGGAAAGAUCCAGGCUCUGAGGGGCUGAUUGCUCAGACUGGCCCUUCUCCCGGACUGAGGGGGAGGGUUGCUUGCUCCGCUGGGGUGGGGGUGGGGGGCAAGUUAGGAGACCCUGGCUCUGCCCCUGCCUCACUGUGUAUCUUGGGCAAGCCAUUUCCUCCCGGGUAGCCUCAAUUUCCCCAAACAUAAAAUUGGGGAGGGCAGGUUGAACUAGAUUUUCAAAUUUUCUCUUGCCUCUGACAUGUUCCAAGAUCCCUCCCAGCCCUGCCCCCCCGGGUUCUAAGGGCCCUCCCAGUCCUACAAUUCUGUGUUAUAUGUUCUAAGGUCUCUCUCCUUCACAUUGUAAUUUGUGUUCUGUGAUCCCUCCUAGAACUGUAUUGUGUUCCUGUGUUCUAAGGUCCUUGUUCUACAGUGCUAGACUAUCUGAGCUCCCACUCAUCCUCCCUUCCUUUCCCCACCCUAUGUUUCUUCUGUCGGAACUUCUCCUCGGGUCUGGGGCGGCCGCCACUGGGCUUUCUCAGGGCCGCACAGACCACAGUUCCAGGGUGAGGUGGACGCAGCCUGGGCUCGGGGAGGGCUCCGCCUUCCUGCCCCCAGUCAGGCCCAGCCCCCCGUGGUCUGGGAAGGCCGGGGAGAAGCUUCGAUGUGCGAGGAGCCGGAGAGCCGGAGUUGGGGAGGCCGGGGCGGCCCGGCUCACGAGGGGCUGCCUGGUUAUGGGCUUGGGGAGGCCAUCCCUCGGUCCAUCGCCCUGGCCCCGCCGCCCUGGUGGAUGGGAGGUGGGCCCAUGGUGGCAGCCGGCUCAGCAGAGGGACAUGAGGGGAAAUUCCCCUGCCAUCCCCCCAAGCCCUCCAGGCUCUUCCCCCAUCCCAGCUGCUUUUCCACCUCCUGUGUGUAAAGUAGACUUCAGAUAAAAAGGAAAUCUUUGACAGCC